AUGCAGCAAUUACCACAGAAGUACAUCCUUGCACUCGCCAAGGACUCCAACUGGACCGAUUACGAUUGGGAGGUCUUGGAGAUUGCAACCAGUCAGAUCAGCGUUGCAAUCUCUCACGCUCACAUCCUGCGCGAUCUGCUGGCCCAGAACCGUGAGCUCAAGGAGGCGCGCUUGGCAGCUGAGACGGGGAUCAAAGCACGCGAAGAGUUUUUUGCGGUGGUGAGCCACGAGAUGCGGACCCCUCUCCAUGCCGUCUUGGCCAUAGCAUCGGUGCUGCAGCACAGCAACUCGCUUUCGAGAGGGGACCAGGAGAUGGUCAAUACCAUCUCCACGAGUGCAGGACUCCUUUCCGUUCUUAUCGACGACGUUCUGGAUGUUUCACGGAUCAAUCGAGGGGACUUUCAGCUUCGAACGGCACCGUUUGAUCUGACGAACCUGGUUCGUGAGGCAUCUCGCAUGGUAGAGCCCAUGGCAAGGGAGGCUGGAUACAGAUUCACUGUAGAAGCCAAUAACUUGCCUCAAUAUGUGGACGGAGAUGCAAAGCGGACGAUGCAGAUGUGUUUGAAUCUCCUGAACAAUGCACUCAAGUUUACAAAGUCGACGAUAACAUUUCGAGUCUGGGAGGAGGAGGCUCCACCCACCAGUACGACACACCGGAUUCGAGUGGACGUGGUUGAUGAUGGCAUUGGGGUCGAAGCUUCAGCAAUAGGCAGCCUCUGUGAGCGAUUCCGACAGCUGGAUUCUGGGCGCAAAGCUGGAGGGAUGGGACUGGGUCUCUCGAUCUGCAGACACCUGGCACGCCUCAUGGGAGGAGCCGUGUGGCUCCAAAGCCCGGGUAUUGGGCUAGGAACAACUGCAUCGUUCUAUAUCCACCUUGGGCGGGUAAGUCAUGACGUGGAACGGACCAUCAUCAAGCGGAGUGAGUCUGUAGGCAGCCUCAAAGGCAUGCGUGUGCUUGUUGUGGACGACAACAGUGUGAACCGUCUUGUAACUGCCAAGAUGCUCCGCAAGCUGGGGUGCUCUCCAAAGACAGUAGAAUCCGGGGAGGCCUGCUUGCGGCUGCUGGAAAUGGAGUUGACAAGAUUCGUUUUUUGCUUCUUGGAUCUCACCAUGCCUGGCUGGGACGGCUUUGAGACUAUGAGGAGGAUUGCAGCCUUGCCAGAAUCGAAGAGGCCACGGACCGUUGUUGCCCUGACCGCUGACCAGAGAUCUGCAACGUUUGACCGGUGCUUGGAAGUUGGAAUGGCUGGCGUCUUGGUAAAGCCUGCAAACCUGGAUUCGUUGCGCGAGACUCUUCUCGAGCACAUGAUCUCCGGGAUUCACAGACCUCGUCAAGAGGUGGCAGAUCUGCGCCUUGAAGUGAAGAAACUCGCAGAGAAAGUCUUCGCGUGUGAGGCCCAGAUUGCCAAAUUGCAUGAGGAGAUACGCAAGCAGCCGGUAGCUGCUCAACCCCCUGCGCCCCCGCCUCCGCCCCUCAAACGGACGUCGUCCCUUCCACUGCCCGACCCUGUAGCUGCACUCUUUGAUUCGGCAGAUGGCCGGGUGUUAACUUCGAUCCUGCGCUCAAAAGCGCCCUUCAGUUCGUACAGUGAUGCGAAAAAGCUUUUGAGCGAGGAGCCGGAACGGGUCUCUUGGGCCGUGCGGACGCUCAAAGCGAUGAACACAGCGCUCAUUGAGAGUGGAAGCCCCGUAUCUGUCCGGCAUGUUGAAAUCAAACGCUACUUUUGUUCGGACAGGGUCCGCGUGGCUGCCGAGGUGCAUGCAGAUGAGCUGGCAAGGUACUCGACAAAGCGGGAUGCCGCGACGGCUACAGGUGUUCCUGCAGCCAGCUUGGCACUGGCUGCCUCCAAGCUUGCCCUGAGAGAUGGCUUCAUCUGGAAGUUUGAAGAUGACCUUCGAGAGGUGGACAUGGCUUGCUUCCAAGCCUCCAAGGAAGCGGCAGCACCUACCGACGAAGAAAUGGAGCAAGCAAGGGGGUUUGUGGAUGCUUUGAGGGGGGAUGAUGGGAACAUGAUCACAGAGAUGCGUCUGAGUGAUGGAUUAGUGAGGACUACAAGUAUUCCUUGGCACAUCUACAACCACGAAAAGGGGCUGACACGAUAG